GGCCCCGGCCCCGGCCCCGCAGCGCCGGCCCGGCCCCGCAUGGACCGCACGUAGCGCGGACACCCCAGCGACCGGCAGCGAUGCCGUCACCUGGGCAGACCCCGACCACUGGAAGCCCCCAAGGACGUAGGUGACCCCCAGGGCGUGGAGACAGGGAAGAGCCUUGAAUCGUGAGGGUUGUUAACUCUAAGAUGUCCUUGAGCAGCGGAGCUUCCGGAGGGAAAGGAAUUGAUGCGAACCCGGUUGAGACGUACGACAGCGGGGAUGACAUUGGUGUAGGGAAUCUCAUCAUUGACCUGGACGCUGAUUUGGAGAAGGAUCAGCAGAAAUUGGAAAUGUCGGGCUCCAAGGAGGUGGGGCUCCCGGCACCCAACGCAGUGGCGACACUACCGGAUAACAUCAAGUUGAGCCCAGUGCCGGGCCCUCAGGGCAAGGAGGGCAAAUCCAAGUCAAAAAGGAGCAAGACUGGCAAGGACAGUGGGAAGCCGACCCCGGGGUCCUCCCUGUUCACUCCCAGCGAGGGAGCUGGUGGCAAGAAGGAGGCUCAAGGACGCUCUGGGGAUGGCGCGAACUCAGGUGGUUUGGUGCCUGCCGUCACCCCGAAGGGCUCGGAGAAGUCGGCCAAGGCGUCUCGCAGCGUGGCCGGCUCCAAGAAAGAGAAGGAGGGUGGCUCAUCCAAAAGCAAGAAGGAAAGGAGUGAGGGGCAGGGGCUGUGGUGGAGAAGGUCUAGCGUGCUGCAGCCCCUGGCCCUGGCAGUGAGGGUGGGACAGUAUGAUGGGGGCCAGGGGACAGAGCCUGCUGCUGCCGAGCAGCUUGGGAGUAUAGCUAUUGACACGGGAGCUGCGCUCAAUCCCUUGGGAGUUAAGUCGGAGCUGGAGGAUGGGGAAAGAUGCCGGCAGCUGAAGAAGGUGAAAUCGGAGAAGAUGGAGUCUCCGGUCUCUACGCCCGCGGUGUUGCCCUUGCACCUCCUCGUGCCUGUGGUCAACAACGACAUCUCGUCGCCGUGCGAGCAGAUCAUGGUACGCACCCGCUCGGUGGGAGUGAACACCUGCGACGUGGCCCUGGCCACCGAGCCCGAGUGCCUGGGCCCCUGCGAGCCCGGGACCAGCGUGAACCUGGAGGGCAUUGUCUGGCAGGAGACGGAGGACGGGAUGCUGGUGGUCAAUGUCACCUGGAGGAACAAGACGUACGUGGGGACGCUGCUGGACUGCACACAGCACGACUGGGCUCCUCCCCGGUUCUGUGACUCUCCCACCAGCGACCUGGAGAUGCGCAAUGGCCGGGGCAGGGGCAAGCGCAUGCGCCCCAACAGCAACACGCCAGUGAACGAGGCGGCCGCUGCCUCGGACAGCAAAGGGACCAGUAACAGCAGCAAGACCCGGGCAGGAGCCAACAGCAAGGGGCGCCGGGGCAGCCAGAACUCCUCGGACCACCGCACCCCGCCUGGCGGCACGGCCGAAGAUGUGAAGGCCAGUCCCUCCUCUGUCACCAAGCGGAAGAGCAAACCCCUCUCUGACAUGGAGGUGAACUCCAGCUCGGAGGACUCCAAGGGCAGCAAACGCAUCCGCACAAACUCGAUGGGCUCGGCCACCGUGCCACCCGCCACAGUCAAGGUGGAACCGGCUGUCCUGGACCGCAACUGCCCUUCUCCCAUCCUCAUCGACUGUCCCCACCCCAACUGUAACAAGAAGUACAAGCACAUCAACGGGCUGAAGUACCACCAGGCCCACGCGCACACAGAUGACGACAGCAAGCUGGAGGCGGACGUGGACAGCGAAUAUGGUGAGGAGCCCUCCCUGCACGCCGACGUUGGGAGCUGUAACGGGGCCGCCGGCUCUCAGAAGGGCUCGCUCUCACCCGCUCGCUCAGCCACCCCCAAGGUGCGCUUGAUGGAGCCCCACAGCCCCUCCCCGUCCAGCAAGUUCAGCACCAAGGUCCCCUGUAAGAAGAAGGUGGGUGGGGAGGGGGACACGGACCCAGGUGCCCUGUCCAAUGAUGGCUCUGAGGAUGGUCCGUCGGUGGCUGAUGAGACGAGUAAUGACGACUUUGACUCUCUGGAGAAGCGAUGUGUUGAUAAGGACAAGUCAAAGAAGGCCUCUGGUGCUAAACAGGAGAAGAUCCCUUCCAAAAGCUUGAAGUCUGCCAGACCCAUUGCACCAGCCAUCCCCCCGCAGCCAAUUUACACCUUCCAGACCGCCACCCUCACCACUGCUAGCCCCGGCUCAUCCGCCGGCCUCGCCACCACUGUGGUCCAGACCAUGCCCAACAGCCCCCAGCUCAAACCUAUCCAGCCCAAGCCAACAGUGAUGGGAGAGCCCUUCACUGUCAACCCUGCCCUCACCCCUUCCAAGGAAAAGAAGAAGAAAGACAAGAAGAAGAAGGAGCCCAAGGAGGUGGAAAACCCUUUGACUCCUGGCAAAGCCUGCAGAGCGGAGGAAGGCAAGAGCCCUUUCCGGGGGGAAUCCAGCGACCUGGGAAUGAAAGGCGAGGGGCUGCUGAAUGGUUCAUCCGACCCCCACCAGAGCCGGCUCGCCAGCAUCAAGGCUGAGGCAGAUAAAAUCUACAGCUUCACCGACAACGCACCCAGCCCCUCCAUCGGUGGUGCCAGCAGGCUGGAGAACACCAACCCAGCCCAGCCCCUCACCCCGUUGCAUGUCGUCACCCAGAACGGGGCAGAGGCCAGCUCAGUGAAGACCAACAGCCCAGCCUACUCAGACAUCUCCGACGCUGGGGAGGACGGGGAGGGCAAGCUGGAGAGUGUGAAGGCGAAGGAUCCGGAGCAGUUGGUCAAGGAAGGCGCCAAAAAAGCUCUUUUCCCCCCACAACCUCAGAGCAAAGAGUCUCCCUAUUACCAAGGCUUUGAAACAUACUAUUCCCCAGGCUACCCCCAGGCCAGCCCAGGUCCCCUGAACCCCAGCGGGCAGUCCGUGGCUGAGACACAGGCCUUGAAACUGAAGAAGGACGAGGAGCAGGAGAACCCAGAUGUGAAGGUGAAGAGCGAAGGCUGCGAAGAGAAGAAGGCAGAGCUUGGUGGUGGCUCCAGCCAGCAACCCUCAGUCAUCCAGCAGCGCCCCAACAUGUACAUGCAGUCCCUCUACUACAACCAGUAUGCCUACGUGCCGCCCUACGGCUACAAUGAGCAGGGCUACCACGCUCACCUGCUGAGCACCAACCCUGCUUAUCGCCAGCAGUAUGAGGAGCAGCAGAAGCAGCGGCAGAGCCUGGAGCAGCAGCAGCAGCGGGGACUGGAGAAGAAGGCAGACCUGGGCUUGAAAGAGAGGGAGGCAGCGCUCAAAGAGGAGUGGAAGCAGAAGCCACCAAUGCCACCGACACUGACCAAAGCCCCAAGCCUCACAGACCUCGUCAAGUCAGGGCUGAACAAGCCCAAGGAGCAGGGAGGUCCUGACAUGGCCAAGUCUGUCAUCAUCCCCAAGCUGGAGGACUCGUCCAAGCUGUCUGGCAGCCAGGUUGCCGAGGGGCUCAAGGUGAAGCUGAGCGAGGCCAGUCACCUUGGGAAGGAAGCUGCCGAGACUAAGGCUGGCUCUGAGUGUGGCCGGCAAGCGGAGGUGGACCCUGUGCUCUGGUACAGACAGGAAGCCGAGCCCCGGAUGUGGACGUAUGUGUACCCGGCAAAGUACUCGGACAUCAAGAUGGAGGAUGAGCGGUGGAAAGAGGAGAGGGACCGAAAGUUGAAGGAAGAAAGGAGUCGAAGCAAAGAAGCCACAUCCAAGGAGGACGGGAAGGAGAGCACCAGCUCCGAGUGCAAGCUGACCCCCCCUGAGGAGCCUCGCAUGGUGGGGAAGGACCCCAGGCCCAGUGUCCAUGUCCCUGUGUCCUCACCCCUCACGCAGCACCAGUCCUACAUCCCCUACAUGCACGGCUACUCCUACAGCCAGUCGUACGACCCCAACCACCCCAGCUACCGCGCCAUGCCCACCGUCAUGAUGCAGAAUUACCCAGGAUCAUACCUACCCUCCAGCUAUUCCUUCUCUCCGUACGGGAGCAAGGCAUCCGGCAGCGACGACAGCGACAAGUCCCGAGCCAGCCCCAGCGUGAGCUGUAAAUCCAGCUCAGAGUCCAAGGCCCUGGACAUCCUGCAGCAGCAUGCCAGCCACUACAAGAGCAAAUCGCCCACGAUAAGUGAGAAAACAUCUCAGGAGCGGGACCGCAGUGGCUGUGGGGUGGUGGGGGGCAGCGGGAGCUGCAGCAGCGUCGGGGGAGCUGGAGCAGGGGAACGGAGCGGCGACCGGCCCCGCACAUCGCCCUCCCAGCGCCUGCUCUCGACGCAUCACCACCACCACCACCUCGGGUACUCGCUGCUGCCGGCACAGUACAACCUGCCCUAUGCAACAGGUCUCUCCUCUACAGCCAUCGUUGCCAGCCAGCAAGGCUCUACUCCCUCCCUAUACCCACCUCCCCGGAGGUGAGAACGUGGUUUCACACUUUGCCCCGGAGAUUUCGGCUCUCGCCGUCUGGCGUCGCAGGGCUGAGCGGCAGCAGAGCUUCCCAGCAGAGGUUCCCAGCUGAGCUCUCCAGCAGAAGUUUCCUUCCAUCGCGACGGUUGGGGUCACUCUUUCACAACGAGCGUUUUUCUCCCGAGCUCCAGCUGCGCUUUCCAGUAGGAGGAACCCCGAGCAUUGCAUCCUGUUAACGUGCCGGCCGGGAUUUCGAGCUCUCGGGACACUCUUUGCUGGACAAAUGCACGGUCAGCAAUAUCUCUGAUUUUAAUAGUGUAGCCAUGCAGGAAUAAGCUUUUUAUGUGGCCUCGGAAGCUCAAUAAAUUAGUGUUCAAGCUC